CCCAAAGAAUUAUGUUAUGGUGAAUGUGUUAUUAACAAGAAGAUGGGAACUGUUGAUGACACCUCUAAACACCGAGAUGAGACCACAAAAUGCUGUCCCUUACACACUACACGGGAUAUGAACAAUGGAAACAAUAGUGAUGAUGCAUACCUUUUUGAAAAAGCAACGGAUUCCAAUGUACAGACUAUUGAAAAUACGAUAGACAAAUUGAUGGACGAACGGAACAUGGCCAACGUACUAGAAGAUGGGAUUAUUCAAAGUACCAUGGAAAAUACAAAGGAACAAAAUUUCAUAUUAACAAAAUACGCUGGGUCGUUACGACCCGUGGAAGAUCAAACUGUAGUUUCAUAUAAUAACCAUGAUAUCGAUAGCCAACUCGUUUUGUCUUUCGACCAAGAAACUGCCAUGGCAUCAAAUGAAUGGCUGGCAGCAUGGAGCCUCAAUAGUCUCAUGGACUCUUCGCAAAAUAUAUCCAAACCCAAACAGUCCACAACGACUACAGGAACACAAAGUGCCGUAAAAAUAAUAGAUUAUAAACUAGAGCGUUCCGAACGUAUAAUUAAUGUACUUAAAAUGCAGCUUGCAGAACGUGAUGAGAUCAUAGCCAGAAUGGUAAAACAUGUUGAUAUGCUGGAAGAAUGGAAGUCUGAACUUGAUAGAGGACAACGGGCACUAGCUAUAGAGCAGAACCAUGAACUAGGGGCAACCAUAAAUGUAAUACAAGAAAAGUAUGAACACUCACAAAUGGAGUGCAUCACCCUAAAUAACAAACUAUUAGAAAUGGAACGAACUCAAAUGCAGAAAGAUGAUGAAAUAAAACAACAUAUGCAAGAAUGUGAGUCAUAUAAAUCACGCAUAGCCCAACUGGAAAUGCAACUUGAAGCCACAACUGCAGAGAGGCAGUCAUUUUCCAUAUCCAUGCAGAAGCUAAAACAAACGUUUGAUGAAAAACUAAUGGAAACUAAAGUUGCCCUAGAUAAAGAAUACCAGAAACAAAUUGUGUACUUGAUUGGCCAAAUUGAUGCAUUAAAGAAACAAAUAAUCCAGAAGGAUUCAGACAUUGAACAGAAGAAUAGCCACCUGUGUAAGAUGGAAAAGCAGUGCAAUGCACUGUCAGCUCAAAUCGACGGGUAUAAAUCAACCAUUCGUGACCAAGAAAUGGAAAUACGCACAAUGCGGGAUACAAUGUUAGACAUGGAAGAACAAAUAUUUAAAAAUGAACAAAAUGCAUCAGCACGGAUAUCAGCUGCACUGGCAGUACUAGAAGGCACAAGAAAUGACAAUGUCGAGUUGAAAAACAAAAACAAGAUUUUACAAAAGGAACUAGAUAAGUGCAGGAUCCAGCUUUCCACUAUCAGUGCUAGGGACGCAGACAGGUAGUACAAAUAACUCACUAUAGCACACAUGGCAU